GUUUGUGUUUGUACUUUAUGUAGUUUAUCUGUCAUCUGGACAGAGAUUAGAAAUAUAGUUGAGGUUUCACAGCUAAAUUUAUAAUUUUACUCUUUGUUCCUGUAUGUAUUAAAUAAUGUCAGCAAUUGCAGCAAAUAAAUUUCAAAAGACAUUGUAAUCUAUAUCGUCUAAAAAACUACGUGUACAUUAAAAAUAUAUUUACAUGAAUCAUACAAAUUCCGAAGUGGAACUAUUUAGUUCAUGAGUAAAAUUAUUUCAAGGACAAGGUUCAUUUUUAGUUAUUAUUUAAUGGAUUGUAUUAGUAUGUAGUUAACUUCGCGUUUUCAGAUUUGUAAAAAGACUUGUAUCAUAAGUAUUUUGUAAAACGUAAUGGAAUGGUAUGUAAUUGAGAUUCUCAAUCUGAGAAUUGGCUUCUGCUAAUCUAUUUUGCAGAGCUAGAUUAUUCAGCCGUAAACACUGUUUUAUGUAUUAACCUUGCUGUUGCUUAAUUAAAUACCAAACUUGGGAUCAUACUUUUACACUGGUUCUCAUUCAUUUGACCAUCCAACCAUAUUGCGUGGAUAUCGAGGAAAUCAAAAUGAGUUAUCUUAUCAUAAUAUUUUUAUCUGUUCUUUUUUUCUUAUUAUUAUUGCAACACCUGUCAAACAAACAUGUAGAUAUGUAUAACUAAUUUCUGGACACGUAGCACAUCCUAUCCUAAAAAUACAGCAAAUGUUUAACUAUUUCCGUGCGGAACUACAUUAAAACAUAGAAAUGUGUGAAAGGACAAUUGUAGUGGACAAUGGGAGUGGUUCAAUAUAUGCAGGUUUUGCGGAAGAAGAGGACCCAAUUUCAACUUUUCAAAAUUUUACGAGGAUCAAAAAAGCAGGAGAUCGCCAAACCCAGUAUGGCGACUCUUGUGGAGAUUUUUCUGACGCUGUGAAAUACCGAAACUUCGUUGACGAAAUAACGAAUGGAAACGUUAAAAUUAAUUACCCCAUGGAACGAGGAAUCGUUGUUGAUUGGGACGGGAUGGAGGCAGUUUGGAGCCAUACUUUCUCCAAAGUGUUGAACGCCAAGCCAGAAGAAUGCAAUCUGCUCAUUACCGAAGCCACAAUGAAUCCGAAACCAAAUCGAGAAAAAAUGGCACAAACUCUUUUUGAAAAGUUUGGCUUUCCGGCAAUAUCCAUAGAACAGGCAGGGAUUCUACCACUUUAUUCUGCCGGAUUGACUACGGGCGUGGUUCUGGAUUGUGGAGAUGGCGUUGUCGAAACUGUACCUGUGUGGGGAGGGUAUCCAAUUUCCGAUGCUAUUAAACGAGUCAAUAUCGGAGGUCGAGAUAUUUCUGAGCUUUUGGGGAAACUAUUACAAGAAAAGGGCCACGCCUCCAAGCAGUUAGAAAUACUCAGGUUCAUCAAAGAAAACACUGCAUAUGUUUCCGAACGAAGUGGUGCUGGUCACCCGUCCACGUCUCGUGACAUUUUUGAACUCCCAGACGGGGAAAUCAUUACAAUUGAAGAUGAAAUAAGGCAUCGUUGUUCUGAACUCUUGUUUAACCCAUCCAUGCUGGAAGAAAGCGACAAAAUCGGAGUUCAUGAAAUGCUGUAUAAAUCCAUCAUGAAAACUAAUAUGGAUAUUCGAAAGGAUCUUUAUGGUAACAUUGUCCUUAGUGGCGGAUCAACAUUAUUUCCUGGAUUUGUAGAAAGACUUUCCAAGGAAAUUGCUUCCUUACUACCUCAGAAGGCCAAGCUAACGAUAAGGGCUUCCCCCGACAGAAGAUAUGCCACCUGGAAGGGUGCGUCCGUUUUGGCCUCGCUCUCCAACUUUAGCAGGUUGUUGAUAUCUAAGCAAGAGUAUGACGACGUAGGUCCAGUCAUCAUGCACAAACACAAAUAAAUAACAAAUAACUACGAAAAUACAUAUUUUUUGACUAAAUAAAACCCACACAAUGUUAAGCAUUGUCAUUCUCCCAUCACUAUCACCGAA